AUGGACGGCGAGGUGAAUUUCUUUAGACCAUGGGAGAGUUAUAAGAAGGGUUUCGGUAAUAAAGAAGGCGAAUACUGGCUGGGUUUGGAGUUUCUUCAUGAGCUGACCAACAGAUAUCAGUAUAAACUCAGAAUAGAUUUGGAGGAUUUUGAAGGGAAGAAAGCUUAUUCUUUGUACGACUCUUUCUCUGUGGGCUCUGAGGCUACUGGAUACAAACUGCAAGUGAGCGGCUUCGUUGACGGAGGAGCAGGUCAGACUUUUAGUUAUCAUAAUGGAAUGAAGUUCUCCACCUUUGACAAAGAUAAUUCAGGAUAUAGCUGUGCUAAAAAGUACAUUCAAGGAGGGUUUUGGUACAAAGCUUGUGAUUAUUCAAACCCUACUGGUCUGUAUUGGUGGGGGAAAGAUGAUAACAAUUUGAUGAGUGGACCCUUCUGGUACUACUGGAAGAGCAACUAUAAAUCUCUGAAGGGCAUCACCAUGAAGAUCAGACGUGUGAUGUAGAGCAGGUCUUACAAACGCUUCACUGCUGCUUGUGCACAUCCACAACUUCAUGCAUUCAUAUGGAUCCUUUUUAAAAUAUGCACAAGAAUUAAAUCCAUUGUCCAUAAAUAAAAAUGUGUUAAAAUUGGGUUAAUUACUUUUCAGCAUGCUUUGUCUGCUUUGAUUUUAAGCAAUAAAAGUUUAUGCAAAGC